AGCUGCCUUAGGCAGCCCCUGAGAUUCACACUAUGAAAAAGGUUCUCUCCAUUCUCAAUAGCUCCAUUCUAACUAGCGCUAAGGAAUCAUGGUUGAGCAUUGGCUCCAUCUUCGUGGACAUUUACCCCAAAUGCAUCAUUCUGAGUGUACUUGGGCUGCUGUUUUUGUUCCUAAGGUACCUGAUACUGAAACCCUUCUUACCCACACAGACCAGCCAAGGAGUCAGGAAGCAACAAGGCAGAGCUAAGCGGGAAAGGAGAGCGUCAUUUAAUGAAUUCAGAAACUUCCAUGGAGAAGCUCGGGAGCGGAGGAAGCUGCAAGCUGUUGUGCAAAGCCCCUGUGGGCAGCUCUACGACCCCUUCUACUUCCGGCAAGCGCUUUGUCAGGAUCCCCGUUGUGAUGUGUGCAAUGGAGCCACAGUGAAGGUCAGGCGACUGCUCUCAUGGGCCAGCCUAGAAGACUGCUCUGCCUCUGCAUCCAGUAUGGCUUCCAUGGCCUCCACAGCUUCUGUGACUGAGGCCUCAUUCACUCUCUCUUCUUCCCUCUCCCCAAGCCCUUCGGGAUAUCAGCUCUCAUCUUUUUCAGUUGCACCUUCUCCCCCUCCUCCCUCCAUUCUCUCAACUAGCACGUUCACCCCCUUGGAAGACACCCUUUUGGGCACACCACAGGGUGACUCUCUGCCACCAGAGCCCACUCUCACAAGCACUGGUUUCCCACUGGAUCACCUCCUACCUCACCCACUUCCCAAGUCUCCUUCCGUGGCACAUCCUGCAGCUCAGCAAACAGAAGGGCCUUUAAGACCGGAAGACAUUCUCUCCUUGGCUGGCAGCCAUGGUGACCAGUUUCUCCAUGCAACAACAACUUGUGAUGCCUUGCCAGUGUCCUACCAGCAGCAGCCUGGUGCUCAGAGCUCCUCCCCAUCCCAGUUAAAAUGCUUAGUUAACCAAGAGAUACCCAACCACUGCUCUUCUGAAGAUUUUUGGCGGGGACAAGCCUCACCCCAUUUCACAGUGCCCCAGAAAGUCCUGAAAAUACUUGAGAGACAAGAGGAAAGCCAGGCUGACGUUCUUACACUGAAGGACAGGGAAGGAGAAGCAGAACCAACUGCUGAGCAGAACCUAGGAGCCUCCUUUCCCCUAGGGGGCAGCAGAGUCAUACUCAGCGAGCUCAAUCCUCAGCAGGGGCUUGCUCAAGUGCAGAGCUCUGGGGGCCAGUUAGAGGCCAUGCCCAUGCAGCACUUCUGGGGCCUCCCUUAUCUCCACAGCGAGUCCAUGAGCUGUAUCACUACACUGUCAUCUCACUGCUCUUCCAUGUGCAUCUGGUUCAACAGGACCACAGACUCCCCGGCCCUGGCUCCCCCCUCACCUCUGCCCUUGCCUGAGAGACAAUCACAGACCUUGACUCAAUCUCAGUACCAGAGCAUCCAGCUUGCCACACCCCACUCCCAGCUUCAAACACUCCCAGGGCCGUCACCGUCCUCUCAAUCUCAGGUUAGGGUUUGCGGUGUGUAUUUCCGCAGAUCCCAGGAGGCAAAAGCUCUAUUGCAAUCGGAAAUCCACCACCUAGAGUACAACAUGAUGGCGAAAGACCCGGAGAGGGAGUGGGCUUUACCCUCUGUGGUCCAAAAACCUCAGGAAGAACUUUCCCUCCUUCCUUCAAAGCUCUCCCUGGCCAUAAAGUCCUCCAAGCUCCAAACUCCCAGGUCCGUUCCUCCUAGAGACUUCCCCCUGGCUGACGGGUUCCAGAAGAUGUUCGAGCAGCACCUUCGAAAGAGGCUCAUCCUACAGCGCUGGGGCCUGCCUCAGGGGAUCUAUAAGUCGCAGCUGUGGGCAAAUCCUGACCCUUCAGAAGCAUCUAAGAGCAGCUCUGGGCUCUCUGGCUUUAAGCACAAAGACAACAAAGCCUGGCCCAACACUGUGUCGAACCAAUCUGGAAGCCCCCAAGAGAAGUCUGUUUCUGUAGAGAGAAAAACAGUAAAAGCACACGAACAGACUCUAGAGAUUAUCCAAAAAUAUAUCUGCAGUAACUCCAAGACUGCUCUAGACAACAGCCUGCCAUCUGACCAUGAGAACCUACAGGGCCACUCAGGCAGUCUGUCAGAUCAAUCUUCAGAGACCUCACAGGUAAGCCAAUGUCGGAAAAAAUUUGAAACUCCUCCGAAAGAACAUUUGAAAAGCCACAUCGAUGGAACCAAUGAGGAUCAGGUCCCUGUCACUCUGUCCAGAUUAAAGCAUCGUCCCCUUCAUUUUAAGCCAUGUGUGGGCAAGGAAGAAAAAAAGGCUGAGAGACAGUCACCUUCUGAUAUCAAGGAUGAAGAUACCAAAAGCGUACACAGAAUUACAGUGCCUGGCGUGCAGCAGACAUCUGUUGUCUUAGACACCACCAUCCUGAAGGAGUCAGAAGCCAAAAAACCCAGCCCAGAUGUGCCCAAAAUGUUGGCUAAGGCUGGCCCCAUGCCAGUGGGUAAGAGCCUAAGUUCUAGCAAAAUAGUCCAGGGGCCUCAAGGGACAAAGAUGGAUGACAAACACGUAUUUGUAUCCAACAAGGUCAGUAACAUAGUCAAAGAGCAGCUCGGUGGCCUUCAACCACGACCUACCAAGAUCUCGAAAGCCAGCCAGUGCAAGAGUGCUAAAGAUGGAGAUGGGAAUACACCAAGCACACAAAGAACCCAGUUAGCUGGAAGAGCCCCGGAAGGAAUAUCAGGUCCCCCGGACAUUCAGGCAUCUGACUUUAGUUGUCAGGUGACCAGGGAGGAGAAAUCCGAAUCAGAAAACCGUCAGCCCAUCCAAGCUUCAGAGCCCCCAAAAGUCAUGCUCCCUGUCUCAGAUAAACUCACUCACACACCUUUACCCAUUCAUGAUCAGAUGCCUUCCAGCGCUCUCACCAAUGCAGUUCAGGUGCAGCCACAGGAGCCUGAGAUGCCUGCUCACUCCUUAGGCAAGGGUCUGAACAAGGACAGCCCUCAAUCUGCCAAGAGGUCGUGGAAAAUAGAAGGGGUUGCAGGGCCUGAGACGUUACAACCCAGUGGGAAGAUUCACCGUGCGCAGGAUAGCCCGACCCCGGGGAAUCAUGGGAAAAGACCGAUCCCACCGUCACCGCCCGUGAAGGCCCUGUCUCCUCCUGAGCAUCACUUCAGGAAGCAGGUCAAACACUUUUUCCAGUGGCUUUCUCCUGACAGAAAAUGCAAAGGACAGGAAGCACUCCUGAAAAGGGGCACUUCCCCACCGUCACCAGCACACGACCCGGAACAAAAGGGGAGAGCUACCUUUCCUGGGAACACUGUAGCUCAGAAAGCCCUGAGAGACUUUGGGAAGGUCCCCAAGGAGCAACCGGGGCACAGGCAUGGUGCGGCAGAUACCAUGCGCCCCCGCGUGCCCGUAUCUCCGCCCACCAAGCCUGUAAAAACUAAGCCGAAGAGAGAGUAUUGCGUCCCAACAGACCCAGUCCAGGGACGCCAGCUCCACCCCCCAGCACCGGUCUCUAAAGUGCCAAGUCCCAGGUUCCACAAUCAGGCCGCUGCUUUUGUUGAUCAAAAGAGAUGCGUGGCAGAAAGGGCCAGACAGCCCCAGAAAUGUGAGGCUUUACAGCCUCGCCCAUCCGCGUCCCACAGAGAGUCAGAACUGCGCCAAAAUCUCCUGUGGAGUCGAGCUGGGAAAGUUCCUCAGGGGACACCCCCCUUUGCUGUAGGGACUAUGUUGGCCGACAUGUCCCGGUUAUGUGAACAGAAAAUUCUGGCUCAGAAUUUCAGAGGAAAAGCUUUUGUCCCCCAGAAAUAAUCCACCUCUUAACAGUACUCAGCACCCUCAAUAAAUGUUUUCAUAAAGUAA